AUGGAUUCGACAUUGGUAGUGGGCGACGAUAGGUCAUCAAGAGGUCCCAAGUAUGACUCUAGACGUGACUAUGAAGAGGAUGAACGACCGGCCAAGCGACGACGAAUGGGAAUGGUGGAGACGGUGCUGACGACUGCAAUAUCGGUGGCGAUUGUAUCGACUGCAGUGGGGUAUACGGCUUACCGAAUGUGGCGUGAUGGCGGGCUGACAGUAAACCCAAAGGCGGUGGAAGCGGCGGAGAGAACGAAUGAAGAGGACGACCAAGGAGAGGAAACGAUGGGUCGGGGUGAACGCAAUACGAGGUUGAAACGGAUAGUCUUGCCACCACCACCGCCAUAUGCACAAAUCGAACCUCCUGUUGCGUCGCCGAGAGUUGUGCGCAAAGAGGCGAGGGCCGCCGAGGAAAGACGGAAGCAUGGAAAGAAGCGGCGAGGACGACGAAGAGCCGAUGAAGGUUCUAGCGUAGUGCCGGUACUGCCCCCGUCGCCAUUGAAGCGCAAGAUGGAAGAGGAAAGGACGUACGAUACGCAGAAAAGGCUAAACCCGGUGACUGAAGAGGAUGGGGACGUACUCGAGGAGCAAAUGGACUGGAUGUCUGCGCAGCUCCAGGGACUCAUCGAAAACGGUCGGCGGGCAUUGGCGAAAGAGAUUAGUCUUGGAUCCGAGUCGGAAGAUGUUACGGGAUGGGAAGACGAAUGA